AUGUCUACCGAUAUACCACAACAGCAACAGCAACCGCAGCAAUCAAAUCACCAGACUGUGGGCGCAACCCCGGUCACCGAGCCGCCCUCUGACGCCCAAGUUUCGCAACUUUCUUCUCAAUCUCAGCAGCAAGAUUUGUCUGAAUCGCAGCAGAAGGAUCCGUCCCAUAUAGCAACAGUAUCGGAUGGUGGUCGUGAAUUGUCGAAAACGGUUUUGUAUGUUGGUAAUAUUCAUAGGAGUAUACCUGAUCUCUCUUUGCAAGAACUAUUCACAUCCCUUGGUAACCCAAUCAAGAGCUUGAAGAUUUUACAGGAUAAAAACAAACCCGGCUUUAAUUACGCCUUUGUUGAAUUCGAGUCUCCGGAUUUCGCAGAUCAUGCAUUGUCUUCCCUGGAUAAUACUAUAAUUGGUGAUAACCAAUUGAAAAUCACAAAAGCUUUCCAGACACAACAAGUCAAAAACAACGAAACAUUCAAUCUAUUUGUUGGUGAUUUGUCCCUAGAAAUCAACGAUGAUCUACUAUAUAAGAACUUUGAAAAAUUCUCCUCAUUGGUCCAGGCAAAUGUUAUGUGGGAUAUGAAAAGUGGUAGAUCCAGAGGUUAUGGAUUUGUGUGUUUUGCAGAAAAAUCGGAUGCUGAAGAUGCACUAGCUUCCAUGAAUGGCGUUGUUUUAGGCGAUCGUCAAAUCAGAUUAAACUGGGCUUCUCAUAGAUCAAACAAUAGCACCAACAUUAACAAUAACAACAACAACCACUUUAAUAACAAUAAUUCUUACCAUAACCGUAAUAAUUAUCACCAUCAUAAUAACAACAACAUCAACCAUUAUAACAACAAUAUGAGCCAUACUAAUAGUAACAACCCCAAUAUGCUCAGUAAUUAUCCACACCAACUUUACAACAAUGUCAUGAGCAAUGAAAUCAACAAGAACAUGAACCAAUUGAACAAUGAGAACGGUGGUGUUGCAAAUAAUGUUGAGAUGAUGAAUAUUUCAAUGAUGCAUAACAAUAGUAACAAUAUCUCUGAUAAUAGCAUCUUAAUGAAUAAUAGUUCAAGCAACAAUAUGAACUUACCAAGUAUGAAUAUGAACCAAAUGAUAAACCAAAUGCCUCCCCAAGUCAUUACUUCCCCUCCAUCAUACGAGAUGGUCCUUAACCAAACUCCAAACUGGUUGACUGUUGUUUACCUCGGUAAUCUGGCUGAAUAUACAACCCAAAAUGACUUGAUUCCUUUAUUGCAAAACUUUGGAUACAUUGUCAACUUCAAGCUCUUGUCGGAUAAGAACUGCGCGUUUGUAACCUAUGAUACUCACGAGCGAGCAGCUUUGGCAAUUGUCCAGCUCUCCGGAUUCACCAUCAAUGGUCGACCAUUGAAAUGUGGUUGGGGUAAGGGGAAUAGACCUAACAGUAACAUGAGAAAUAACUUGCACUAA